CGUCUGCACCGCCUGCCUCUCGAAGAGGCCGCUCACUGGUACAGGGUGAGCGGAUCCCCGUCUCAGACACUUUCCCCCUGCCUGAGCGACGCCAAUUUCCCUUAAAACUCAGCCCCCAGAAUAUGUAUUUUGAGCAGGGGCAAAGCAUUUCCCUAUCUUUCUAGGGAUAGAAAGAGACAAAAACCAAGCAAACCAAGGAGACCUUGGAGAGAUGGGCUAUCCCAGCCUGGAUAUCCCAGUGUCCACUUAUUACUGUGUGUUUACAAAAAUGUACUGAUAAGGUGAGAGUAUGCAUGCAGCAUAGCUGAAGUUCAUCAAAACAUGGAUAAGCAUGUACAUAUCUACUUCAGUGCAGCUGCAGAGGAAGCAGUUUGAAAUUUCCCUAAAAACCCUGCAAGAGGAGGACAAGAGAUGUGCUGGGUUGACUGAGGCAGCAAAGGACACAAGACUGGAGAUGCUGACUCGAGUUAGUGCUGAGAAGCAGAAGCUGCAGGCGAUGCUGAAAGGUCUCUGCCUGGUGCUGAGUGACCAGGAAUCACUGUUCCUUUCCUUGUUCCAUCGCCUGAGAUGGAGGUUGGAGGAACAGCAACGUGAUGAAGCUGUAGAGAUGUCAUGGAUCCAGCAAAGCCGUGCAGAGCUGCAGGCCAAGUGCCAGCAACCAGAUGGUGACCUGCUGGGGAAUGCCCAAACAACCUUGAGCAGGGAGGAAGGUGCAGCCAUCACUGUUCUGUUGAUGUCAGAACUGGAAACAGAGCUUGAGGACUUUACUCGAAAAACCAACAUGCUGACAGAGGCAGUGACACAAUUCAAAGACAUGUUGGAGUGCUCUCUGGAGGAAGACUCAGAGGGAUCGCUGAGUGUGGGAAAUGCAGGCACAGAAAGCUCUCAAGGCCUUGUGCAUACAGGCUCAGAAAUAGAGACGGAUUCAAUGUUUGACCUGAGACCUUGGAGAAGGCUUGGCACUUCAGCACAAUAACGUGAAACAGACAUGAAGUAAGGAUCGAAGUUUGUAGUUUAAGCAGAGCUAUGUUUUAAGCAAGCAGAAAUAUGCCUCAUGGAAGGGAAAAAAUAUGUUAACUAAGACAGUAGAAAAUUUUAAAGUUUAGCAAUAGAACUUGUUAUAAAGUAGAAAUGAAAGAUGUAGUAAUGUAAGUUUCUGUAGUGUUAUAUGACUGGAUGAAAAAAGAUGCAUUGUGGUAGAAUUGUGUAAGACAGCAAUUAAUGUUUGCUUUAUGAAGAUGCUAGUGAGCUUUGUAAAAAAUUGUUGAUUUUGUAAAAAUUUUGUAAAAAUUGUUGAUUGGCUAAGAAAUUUAUAAAAGGCAUUGUGGCUAUAAUUAAUACAGCUAAUGAUGAUGAUGAUGAUGAUGACGUUUGAUGUAACAGCCUUACUGUCUCACCCUUCCAUCAGACUGAUUUUGCAAUAAA